GGCGGGACUGUGCAGCUCUAUAAAUACCUCCAUGGACCCUUCCCUACUGAUAAAGAAUUCUAGACUUUGUGAGCAAUUUGAGGAACAGUUGUGCUCUGACACUAUGGCAAUAGGGCGAGAUACCCUUUCUGAAAAUGGAAUUGUCAUGGUCAUGCGGUGUAGAGGAGGCUGUUGUCGACCGCGACGCUUCGACAGCUGUUCUCAACCUUUUGGAAAGCCCAGUAUCUUAGAAAGAUGCGUCGGUGUAAGCCUAAGGUUUUGUACGAAGAGUCUGUCCUUUCAAUCAAAAAAGAAUACAGUCCUCACAACAGACCAAAAUAAACAUCUAAUAAAAAAAGUUGCGAAAGUGAUGAACAGAAUAUCAGAGGAUAAAGUGACGUGCCUGUUAACAAGUAUCAAUGAGGACUACAUGAGCCUGAAUGAGUGUCGCUCCUUCAUCCUCCAAUGGGCAGCUGAGCUGAGAAACAUCCCUUCUCUCAAAGACAGAACGACCCCAGAAAGAGGUCAGUGUCACAACACCCGCCAAAUUACCUCAACACAGAAGGAUCAGCUGAUGGAAGCAAGAACAAUCCUGUCAGAGUGGGCAGCAAGCCUAAAGUCUCUGCCAAAGGGCUCUGUGUGUGCAGCAGAGGAUGUGAGGAGUGUGUUGGAGGAUCUGGGGAGGCGGUGGAAGAGGGGGCAGCUGCCCAACAUGCUGCCAGCCCUGGACUUCAUCAUGAGGAGUGUGUUACAGGAACAUUCUUUAAAGGUUAAAACCCCUCUAGGGAGUUGUUGAAGAUAAGCUGGAACAGAUGAUCCUGUGGCUACAGAUGCAAUUUGCCCCUUAUUGAGAUAAUAUUACCUCUCAAAAUGUCUCUUUUCAAUGGAACCUAUAUCUCGUUUGAUUCUUUUGUUGAGCUUUGGACUCAUCAGGAAGUAUUCAGACAGUCAUUUCCCUGUUCCUUUAUUUGGAACACCAGCAGCUAGGUGAAGCAGGAAAGACUCAGAUGAUGGUAAAUCUAUCUACCCUUUGGGCUUUUUGGGGGAAGUAGAUGACACACACACACACAAAGAUACACACUUGGAAAAAAGUGUGACGUGACAGUUUUUCCAUACAGACGCUGCCCAGUGUGUGAUCUGAUGCUCCCAGUUUAGUUACAGGUUACGCAUGUGUUUAUUUUUAAGCUCCAAAUGUCAAAACUUCAUUAUUUCAUUGUGAUGUACUAAUGUACCAUUGUACCAUUGCUUGUUUUGAAUGCCCUUCAUAACACAAUAGUCAAAGGUACAGCACCUUAAAUUGACAUUUCAAUACCAUUUGAAUUUCAAUAGAAGAAUAGGUUAGAUUACGUUUGAAAACUGAAUAUGUAUGUACUCCACGUCAACAGGAUACCUUGUUUGUGUACAUGUGCACAUUAUAAUUGUGUGGAAGGGGGUGGAUCUGCGAUGCCAGAUAUCGCUGUUGAGCCUUCUGGAGGUGUCUUGGGCGUGCAUGUUUAAUAACCCCGGUGAAAUGCUCUUGAAGGCUUUUCUGUUGGUGAUGUUUUUGCCCACAAAGGUUGAUUUGUGAGAUUUUGUUUUUGAUGGUAACUAGGCUUGAUUGUUGAUAGGCCGCUGUGUGAAACACACUACCUAUGAGUUCAACAUCUCUCCAGUGUAUAUUUGAAAAAAAAAAAAAAAAAAUAGUUAGGCAGGCUCAAAACCAAAA